ACACUUAUAUUGCGCACAUACAUAAAAAAAUCCAUUUUCACCACCCUGUGUUAUCGCCCAGUCGCCUAUCGCUGCUGGUGCCUAAUUUAGCCCUAACGCCUGCGCGGUGAUAGAAAAACGGCAUAACGCGUUCUUACCAGUUGAACAUCGUUUUCUACCAUUUUUUGUUUACGUUUGCACCGCGAAUAUUCGUGCACCUGCACUCGCAAUUUGCUCAAAGCCAGCGGCGCUUUUUCGCCGGCAAGUUGCUCCGCAUCGAGUUAAAGCAUCACUCAGGCGGACGAGCUGGUGCACUCCAGUUAGCUUCUCGCCCCAGCACUUGUAAUUGUCAUUAUCGGCGGGGCGCCUUUGAUCAUUCAGCGGCAUCUCGAAUCCGAACCGAAAGUGGUUCUUUUGUUCUCUUUCUGCUUUCUGGCCACCUUUCCUCGCUCCCCGCUUGCCGCUUCACGUCUCCCGCGUCGUGCUUCUUCUUUCUGGCCACCUAGACACGUCAACAGAUUUGGAACUUUGUAACUGGAAUCUGGCACUGGGCAUCGGAAUCGGAAAUCGGGAGCGAUGCGCGUGAGCACCAUCCGCAGCGGUCGGAUCUGCCGGCUGGCAUUGUGCCUGCUGGUGCUGCUGCCGCUGCUGUAUCUGCUGGCCAACUGGAGCGAUCACCACAAGCGCGUCCAGGAGGCGUAUCACACGCGCUUCGGCGGACCCAAGUUCGCCCACCAGCGAUUGGAGGGCAGGCCCAGGGAGGUGCCCAAGCUGGUCGAUGGCCUUGGCAACUUUGAGCCGAAAGAUGUGAAGCCACGUAGCGGGCCCGGCGAGAAUGGCGAGGCCCACAGCCUGUCGCCGGACAAGAAGCACAUGUCGGACGCCUCCGAGAUGGAGUACGGCAUGAACAUCGCCUGCUCCGACGAGAUAUCGAUGCACCGGUCGGUGCGGGACACGCGGCUCGAGGAGUGCCGCCACUGGGACUAUCCCUUCGAUCUGCCGCGCACGAGCGUCAUCAUUGUCUUCCACAACGAGGGCUUCUCGGUGCUGAUGCGCACCGUGCACUCGGUCAUCGACCGUUCGCCCACGCACAUGCUGCACGAGAUCAUCCUGGUGGACGACUUCUCCGACAAGGAGAACCUGCGCAGCCAGCUGGACGAGUAUGUGCUGCAGUUCAAGGGGCUGGUCAAAGUCAUCAGGAACAAGGAGCGCGAGGGUCUCAUCCGGACGAGAUCCAGGGGAGCCAUGGAGGCUACAGGUGAGGUGAUCGUCUUCUUGGAUGCCCAUUGCGAGGUAAACACCAACUGGCUGCCGCCCUUGCUGGCGCCCAUCUACCGCGAUCGCACUGUGAUGACAGUGCCCAUUAUCGAUGGCAUUGACCACAAGAACUUUGAGUACCGGCCGGUUUAUGGCACGGACAACCACUUCCGCGGCAUCUUCGAAUGGGGCAUGCUGUACAAGGAGAACGAGGUGCCUCGUCGCGAGCAGCGCCGCCGUGCGCACAACUCGGAACCCUAUCGCAGUCCCACGCACGCCGGCGGCCUGUUCGCGAUCAAUAGGGAGUACUUCCUGGAGCUGGGCGCCUACGAUCCGGGUCUGCUGGUCUGGGGCGGCGAGAACUUCGAAUUGAGCUUCAAGAUCUGGCAGUGUGGCGGCAGCAUCGAGUGGGUGCCCUGCUCUCGCGUGGGCCACGUCUAUCGCGGCUUCAUGCCCUACAAUUUCGGCAAGCUGGCUAGCAAGAAGAAGGGUCCACUGAUCACGAUCAACUACAAGCGCGUCAUCGAGACGUGGUUCGACGACACGCACAAGGAGUACUUCUAUACGCGCGAGCCGCUGGCCCGCUACCUGGACAUGGGCGAUAUUAGCGAGCAACUGGCGCUGAAGAAGCGGCUGAACUGCAAGAGCUUCCAGUGGUUCAUGGACCACAUCGCCUACGACGUGUACGACAAGUUCCCGGGUCUGCCGGCCAACCUGCACUGGGGCGAGCUGCGCUCGGUGGCCUCCGACGGAUGCCUGGACUCCAUGGGCCACCAGCCGCCCGCCAUCAUGGGCCUCACAUACUGCCAUGGAGGAGGAAACAAUCAACUGGUCCGGCUCAAUGCCGCUGGCCAGUUGGGCGUCGGCGAGCGCUGCGUGGAGGCGGAUCGGCAGGGCAUCAAGCUGGCCGUGUGUCGCCUGGGGACAGUCGACGGUCCUUGGCAGUACAACGAGCACACGAAGCACCUGAUGCACCGCGUCCACAAGAAGUGCAUGGCCCUGCAUCCGGCCACGCAGCAAUUGUCAUUGGGUCACUGCGACGUCAACGAUAGCUACCAGCAGUGGUGGUUCAAGGAGAUACGCCCGCGCUGGUAAGUCCAGCAUGUUUGGGAGGAGCAGCAGGAGGAGGAUCAAGGAAUGGAUCACAAGGGUUUCAGCCGGGGCAACGGGGGCGGUAUUUUAGACAAAAGCAAUUUAGUGAAAAUGAGAAAUGGAAUUGUUGUUGGUUUUGUAACGCAUACAAGUAUAUACACACGAAAAACACAAGAUAUCACACACAUCUGCAUUUAUGACGCGCACUGUAUGUACAUAUGCACUGUCGGCACUUGGAAAUCGCCUGGGCAACCAGGAUUCAGACAAGGGCAUUCAAUGCUCGGCGUAUAAAAUCUACAAGGAUAUUAUUAAAUUAUUAAAGCUUAGGAAUUUCGAUUUUGUAAAACAAUGUCGUAAGGAAUCGCGAGCUAUUUCCAUGUAAGCAUUAGAACAAUUGCUUUUAGACCAUAAUUGUAGUGCAUGAAGUGAGUGCAAUUUUCAAAAUCGUGUGUGUUAGUAGUAGUGGUACUUGGAAACUGUUUUCCACUUUUGUCUCGAAAGAUCAAACUCCACAAAAUGCACUUAGUGUAGAACGAACGAAAAUCAUCACAAUUAGCUGAUAGUGAACCCAUUCCCAUUCCGAUUGGCGAAUCUCAUACAAUAGAUAUUCAAUUGAUACUUGGGAGGAUCCAAGCCUGGGCGAUUUCCGUGCCGACCUCGUGUGUGUCCUUGCGUAUGAGUGAGAGAAUGCGAUGGGCAUAGCGCGGAAGCGAAUUAGAGCGAGAUAGCGCGAAGGCGGGAGGGCGAGUGAGUGCAAUAGAGGAUUUAUGGAACGGGAACGGGACGAGAUGACAGGGCCGCAGAUUGUUUUGCUUUAUGAUUGCCAACUAAAAUGAAUGUACUAACCUUAGUCUGUACUCCUGCAAGUCCAACUAACCCUAGCUUAGUUUCAACGCUGCCACAUUCCAAUCCAAUCUAAUUAUAAUCCAUUAUAAUCUAUUCUAAUCCAAUACAAUCCAAUCCGAACCGAACCGAACCAAUCGAGUCUGCAGCGAAGCUCGGCUCUAUUACUACUAAUCCUAUUUUUUUUUUAACUCUCGAUUUUCGUAAAGCUCUCUGUACCAGGUAGUCGUAAUCGUAAUUGAUCGUUGCAAGUGCUUCGGGAGUUUGAUUUUUGAAAACAAUAUUUUACAUUCAUGUGUAACUUUAGAGUUAUCGAUAAGUCUGAAUAAUAGCAUAGAAAUAAAAACGUUUUCUAAACACUUUACCAUGUAAA